UUUUAAUUUUUAUUUGGCAUUGUUUUGAUUUGUGCUUAUAAAAAAAAUAAAAACAACUGAAAAUAUUGUGCAUUGUGCUGAAAAUCUGGAAAAUAAUUAUAUAUCGAAUUUACUGAAUUCAAAUGGCUGCAUCUACAAUAGUUAUGGAAGAAAAAAAGGAAGAUGCUAUUGAUAGACAAAAGGUAUGUCCGUUUUUAUUAAGAGUAUUUGUCUCUUCAAAUGGAUCUCACCACAAACCCUCAGAUUAUAUAAAAGGUAAUACCCCUCAAAAUGAACUCCAAAUAUACACAUGGAAAGAUGCCACUUUACAUGAAAUUACCCAACUAGUCAAAGAAGUAAAUCCUGAAGCACGACGAAAAGGUACAAAAUUCAGUUUUGCUAAAGUCUACCCAGAAUUCAGACAGCCAAUUUAUCGAGUAAUAGAAAUUGGAUCUACAAUGACAGGAGUGAAAGGGCCAGAAGAUUUAAAAACUUUGGGAAUGCUAAGACUAAAUAUUGGAGACUACCUUGAUAUCGCUAUAACACCUCCUGAUUCUUGGAACUCUGUAAGAAAGGGUUACUCAAAUAACUACAACAAUAGGUCUAGGCCUUAUUAACUAGUAAGACUUUUUUUAUAUAUAUUACAGUAAUUAAUAAAGAAAGUUGCAUUUAUGUUAGUUUGAAUUUAAUAUAUAAAAUUAUUAAUUAAAUAAUAUUUGAGAAGGUAAGUAAAUGUGAGUUUAUCUCCC